UCUGACGCGGCUGAUGAUAGCAAACCGACACGUUGGAUGUAUUCCUCUCUUCAUCCGCCACCUUGCACACUGGUCUACACCAAACAACCACUCUAGACUCGAGGGGCUGCAAUGACCACGUCGAGCCAGUCGCCCAGAGUCGCUUACCUUCAUGGUUUCAUGCUGCAUGCUGAAGCGAGGGAGAGCGUAACACCUCGACCGACCUUCCGAGCCUGUCUGAGAGCUACUGCAGCCUCGCCGGCUUUCAUCCUCUCCUCCCGGACGCAACCAUGGGUGGCUACGCAACCUUCCUGCUGACCUACCUCCUCGGUGGCAUCACCUUCCUCCCUCUCGUGGUCCUCACGAUCUUUCUGCACGCCCACUUUACUCUGCCCCGUCGAGAAAAUGCCGAUCCGAGCGGGGACGCGGCAGCGGAUGGCCUCAUCCAGCCCGGCGACGACCUCGCACCGCUGCAGGCUGCUCAGAAAGAAACCAAGGAGCAGCCAAAACUCAAGGCUGUCAGUCUUCAGGAUGCCGAGACCGCGGCCGGCUACUUCGCCGUAUGUCGAGAGUAUACUCCCAUGGGGAUCAACGCCAAGCCCAUCGAACGAUCAACGCCUGUUGGCUCCACGACAGUAGCAGCUCCCAGUCAGAGUGUGUACCAGACUAUGUAUCGCAGUAUAUUCGACAGGAAACAGAACCUUAGCCCCUUGGACAACGGCAAGACCGUGAGUAUGCGGCCAAAGAAGGCUGGGAAUGUCUUCUACGUGGUGUUGAGACAUGGCCAUCUGAUGCUAUUCGACGACGACGAACAACUCGAGGUCCGACACGUCAUAUCUCUGAUCCAUCACGACGUCAGCAUAUACUCCGGCGGCGAUGUCACGCCGGAAGGGGAGCUUUUCAUCAAAAGGAAUGCUAUCUGUCUUUCGCGGCGAACUGCGGCCUCGUCGGAAUUGCCACCCGACAGCCAGGUUUCCAAGCCAUUCUAUCUCUUCUCCGAGAACUGCUCCGCAAAGGAGGACUUCUAUUUCGCGUUGCUGCGAAAUCAGGAACAGGCUUUCCCUACCGGCGAGACAACCGCACGGCCACUUACUUUCGACGUUAAGAACGUCAUAUCUUUGGUGCAGAAGCUCCACUCCUCCGAGGAGCACCUUCAGACUAGGUGGCUCAAUGCCAUGAUCGGAAGACUCUUCCUGGGGCUUUACAAGACCGCGGACAUUGAAGCCCUCAUCCGGGAGAAACUGACCAAAAAGAUCAGCCGGGUCAAGCGCCCUGCAUUCUUGUCCAGCAUCGAGAUUCGCAAAAUAGAUACCGGAGAGUCCGCACCAUUCUUCACCAACCUUCGCCACAGAGAUCUCACGGUCGAAGGAGAAUGCUGUAUGGAGUCUGACGUGAAGUACACGGGCAACUUCAGAAUCGAGGUCGCUGCUGUCGCGCGACUUGACCUUGGAACCCGGCUCAAGGCUCGCGAGGUCGACUUGGUCCUGUCCGUGGCGCUGAAGAAGAUGGAAGGCCACUUGCUCUUCAAGAUCAAACCACCCCCAAGCAACCGGGUGUGGUUCUCCUUCUCACAGAUGCCCAAGAUGGAAAUGACCAUCGAACCUAUUGUGAGCUCCAGACAAAUCACAUACACUGUGAUCCUUCGCCAGAUCGAGGCUCGCAUCAAAGAGGUCGUCGCAGAGACCCUUGUUAUGCCGUUUUGGGAUGACACCCCGUUCUUCAAGACCGAGCACAAGAGGUGGAGAGGUGGCAUUUUCGAAGGAGAUGAUGCUGUGGAGCCAUCUUUGGACCCGGAGACCACGGCAGCACAGGGAGGAGAAGUUGACGAUAUGGAGACUUUGGACACCGGGACGCCCCCCAACUCUGAGCUUCCGCCGAUGGAGAAGAGUCAGAGCAUGCCCGUGAUCGAGCCAGUGCAAACAUCACCGUCGACGAGUCUAUUUGGGCUCAAACUGGGCAGAGGCAGCAAGGCUCCGCAGACCAACCCGUCCUCCCCUACGGUGGAUAGCGUGGAUCCCAAGCACGUAAAGCCGGACGCCUCGUCCACAAGUAUCGACAUCAAGAAAGAAACACAUGCGAAGCAGCGCCCUGUCAGGUCUGGCUCUUUUGUCGGGGAGCCUAUUCCGCUCGUUUCGACCGAGACCGUGAAUGCUGAUGUAUUCAAGCCCGCCUCGCCACCAGGAGAAAGUUCGGCAGCUAGUGCCAUGGCCAGACUUUCAUCCAGGUCCAAGGGUGCUUCUGGCACGGGCUCGCCGCUCACGUCUCCCCACAGAAACUCAAUCAUAUCCGUCGCCUCUGCACAAUCCACGUCCUCCAAAGAGAACACGGACAAGGAAACUGAGAAAGAGGAGACGCCGAAGCUGCCACGCCGCGGCACUGCGUCUUCCACGAAUAGCAACACAGGCGAAGGCGGCUCUGGAUCUGGCGGCUCGCCAACCCCAUCUGUCAAAUCGUCCAAGACGGGCACCGCAUCCUUGACCCGUGGGCUUUUCCUGAAAAGAGAGAACACGACGGAUUCAACGUCCACAACGGCAACCGGGAAUUCCAACACGGAUACGACCAAGCGUAUUCCGACCAGUCUCGCCGCUGUCUCCAGCGCAGCUGGUGCGGCACGGCGAUGGGGUCUGAAUGCCUUGCAGCGUCAUGGAAAUGACCCGACCAAGCAUGGAAAUGGAGGAGAGUCGGAACCUCAGCUCGACCUGAGCAAGCCGAUGGGUGGGGGCAGACCGCUCCCUCCUCCCGGCAUUCCGCUGCCUAUGCCAGACAAAAAGACAAAGACGGCAAUACCAGUGCCCAGAAGGAAACCGGUGGCUGCUCCUCCGCUACCUGAGCGUGCAUCUGUUGAUUCGAAAGGCCAGGACGCUAAGCGCAGACCCGUCCCACCGCCCCCGCUGCCGAAGCGGCGGCGGCGGACAGACGAGGAUAUGCAUGGCCAAGGUGAGGACAUACUCGUGGUCGAGGCCCCCAUCGCUGACUCGGAACCAACAAGCCCGCUACCUUAUGAAGAAGAAGCCUAUCGGCAGCCGUAUGUAGAGGACGCCGAGGAGGACCUGGACCCCUUCACGAUGGAGGACAGCGGGGCGACUUCCGCUAAGCCCUUCAAAGAGAGCAAGCAUACACUUGGCCCCUCUAAACCGGCGGACGAAAUCGCAACCGACGAUGAGUAUGAGGCUUGGAUGGAGAAUACCGGGGAAGACGAGCCACCUCCAGAGUAUGUCACCAGCGAAGGCCUCGCGCAUUAGAGCGAGUGGGAAGUGUGAUACAAGCGACCUGGUGCACCGGAGUUAUCUCACCAUAUCGAUCAUGUACAUACAUACAAAACAACAAACACACAACCAGCACAACAUUCCAGGCGCCAACAGGAUAACACAACAGGGACGGUUUCGGUCAACAUGGGAUAGGAGUUUGCUUGCCGGAGUUGACGGGACAGAAGGAGCACUGCAAGGCAUUACAUACAAUACCCCGAAUCAGAAUCAACGACCACACACGGUCGUUUCAACAGGCGAUUCUCUCAUGCACUUCGCCUCUUCAGCUCGAGUAUACAGUAGACGAGAAAUCUUGUUUGGGACAUGUCUUCUUGGCUUACCUCGCCCCGGAUGCCGGCUAAAUCUGGUAAGGCUUGUGGGCUCGGCUUCAGGCCUGUGCAAAGUCAAACUUGCUGAGCUCGCCCGGGGUGGAUAGGGCGCAGGCCAUUCGCAGAGGCCUUCCCACCCACCCCUCCCCUCAGGCGGAUGUGAGGAAAAGCUUGACGGAUGUGGUGAAGCCCGACAAGCUUUUGCCGCGCACUGCACGCCCCCUUCCUUUUGGGCCUAUUAGUAUCUCUCGCUUUCGGGUGGAACCGGGCAAGGCUGCAAUGCAGGAGAUGAAGGAUGCUACUGUGAGGCACUUUUCCAGCCAUACCGCUCUUUCUCUUUUCCCGGCCUCGACCACAAACACCACUCAUGGACGCAAGCAAGCACGCAGGCAAACAUGGCUCAUGAGCCAGCCAGCCCGCCAGCCCGCCAGUCACCCUCAACUGCCGGCGGAGUGGCGGUCCUCCGGUGAUCGCGCCAAGCUGGCCACUUGCAUCGCACUCGGGCCUCUGGGUAGGAAGGACUGGACGUGUGACUGUUAGCUAGGCCCCCGGUGGCAGAGCGGUGGGUAGCAUAGCAAUAACGGGGGGGAGGGGAGAGAAUGUAUCGCUCUUCCUGGGCAAUAAUGAAACACAGGUUUAUGUGUGUUCGUGUCUGUGUAGUAGUCGUGUCGUGUCGUGUCGUGUCGUGUCGUGUUGGGAGCGGGCCACCUUCCGGGUGGGAAAUCCAGAGGAGGGUGGCUGUCACAAUUUCUAUAGGCGACUUGGCGGUUCAACGACGCGACAGCCGCCGAUUGGCGCCAAGCCGCCGGCUAGGGAGGGUGGGCGAUCCAUAUAUGUAGGUACGGUGACGAGGGCUGGAAUUUUGUUUCACGGGCGAAGCACACUGUACGCUCAGCAAGGUCGUUUGGAGGAUGCUUCAUCACGGACACACAGCGCCUCGCCCCCCUGGGCCAUCAGGGCACCCAGUCAUUCCAUCGGUGAGCUGGCAGGGCUGGGGAGGGGGAGAGCGUGUUUGGUUGUCGGUUUGCCUCCUCCUGCCCUCGCGUCCCCGAUGGACGAGUCGCCCGCUUCCCCGGGGGCGAACGAGGGGGCGAUCUUGCUCCGGCGCCGUGUGCGCAAGCGUGUUUGUGUCAAGAAUAGGGGUGGGAGCGAGCCUUCGUGUGCGUGGUUCUGUCCUUGCGCAUUACCCGUCUUGGUAUGCGUCUAACUUGUUUAAAAUUGAUUUGGGUUUUUGUGCUCUUCCAUGCCGGCUGGCAGCGCGGUGCGAGGCUGGCGCCCAACUGGGCCAGAGAGCAUUGGAGAGCGGCGUUCUGGACCUGUGCGACGACGCCCCGAUGCGACGCCCGUGACCGUGCAAGGCUGGGCAUAGGACACACAAUAGGACGAACGAGCGAAUCCCUCUCUCUCAACCUCGUCGAGAUACCCGUCUGCAGGGGGGAUUUGGUUUCUGAUCGGCGGUACAGCCAAGGCUUUCAGCUGUCGUAGGUCACACGAGACGUUGAGAAAACGGUCAACAGACGGCGGUCCACUCGGGGUACAUCGAGCCCUCUCUGUCUCUAUGUCUCUCUGUUUCUGCUGUUUGGGCGGUGACCAUCGCACCCUGAUGCAGGCUUGCCUGGUUCUUUUGGUUGCUAUUUACCAAGAGUCUGUGAGACCACCCAGUGAGACUGGGCCUUUGGUAGCUGGAGCAGCUGUCAGCACUGUUUCACGACUUGUUCCGGAGUGAUGGCUUGAGGGGAAUUGCUCAAUCUCAGGACUGUGUGAGAUGAUUUCCGAAAUCCCCUCAGCCGCAGGGGAACAUUAGAGCCCCGUCGUGGCUUUCUUCCCUCAUUUUCUUUGCCAUACCCGCGGAGUACGGGGUCCAGCACGGGUCUGUUCGGUGAUCGAUCAACAUGAUGGAUCGACACUUGGUAACCCGGGAACCCCGUGGAGGAAACAUUACAGGAAUACACGCGUCCUGCAGAGCCCCGACAAAAAUAGAUCAGCGCCGACGGGUCACCAUCUG